CCGGAAGCAGCCGUUACAUACAAUUUCAUGUAAGAUAAUUGUGUGUGCGUGCAAUUAUCAAGAAACAGGCCAUGGUUAAAGUGACGCGUGUUUAAAAUAGCGGAGAGAAACGCGUUUAUGAGUCACUAAACACUUAAAAGUGUAUGUCUUCGUGAGAUUAGUUCAGCGGUGUUGCUUGCGACACCUCACAAGAAGGUAGAGCACAUGAGACCCAGAUUUGUGCUCCUGCAGACCCAGUUACAGCGAUGGUGGGUUUCGACCCAAACUCGAAAAGUGGGGCCCUCUCAGCGGAGACGGCGGCGCUGGCAGGAUCUGCUUCCGGCAUGGUGACCCGAGCCAUGAUCAGCCCCUUUGAUGUCAUCAAAAUCAGGUUCCAGCUGCAGAUUGAGAUGCUGUCAUCCCAAAACCGAAAAGGGAAAUACUGGGGACUUCGGCAAGCAGCCCAUCGGAUCCUGACUGAGGAGGGCCUCCCUGCCUUCUGGAAAGGUCACGUUCCUGCACAGUUGCUGUCUGUCUGUUACGGAGCUGUGCAGUUUGUCAGUUUUGAGUUUCUGACGGAAGUGGUGCACAAGAGUACUCCCUACGAUAGCCAGACCCCCAGCAUGCACUUUGUGUGUGGCGGUCUAGCAGCCUGUACUGCCACUGUCGUCUGCCAGCCAUUGGACACUCUACGCACCCGCUUUGCUGCACAGGGGGAGCCCAAAGUGUAUCGUAACCUAAGGCACGCAGUGUCCAGUAUGUACAUGAAAGACGGAAUCCCAACCUUUUAUCGAGGCUUGACACCGACCAUGAUUGCAGUCUUCCCCUAUGCUGGCUUGCAGUUCUUCUUCUAUAACGUCCUGAAGAGGAUCAUGUUGGGACAGCCCAGUGAAGUGAGCUCCAAAGGGAGCUUUCGAGGUUUGCUGUGUGGCAGCUGUGCUGGAGUCAUAAGCAAGACCAUCACCUACCCCUGUGACCUUCUUAAAAAAAGACUCCAGGUUGGAGGGUUUGAGGAAGCCAGAGUCCAAUUUGGGCAGGUGCGGUCAUACCGGGGUUUGAUGGACUGUGUUGCCAGGAUCGCCCAGGAGGAGGGUCCACAGGGCUUCUUCAAGGGCCUGUAUCCAAGCCUAGUAAAGGCUGCACUUGCCACUGGCUUCACCUUCUUCUGGUAUGAGUUCUUCUGCAAUCUCCUGUCCAAUGUGGAGCCAAGGCAGUGAGGACUGUCUGCAUUAGGACAGAUGGACGGUAACCGACGAAACGACAUUGAAAGAACAGAUUCGUACGGCAGGUUCACAAGGGGCCAUCUGCACAAGGAACAAAAAGAAGGGUCAAGGAUUUGGUUACAACAGAGAUACAUUGCUCCAGUCUUUCUCACACACACCUGGUUCCUG